UCCACCUCCAGCCUGGAUAGGCCCGCGUGCCUGGGGCGGCUGUCACAAGUCACACACGCAGGGACCUUCAGCAACAGGGCUCUGUCCUCUCCCAGCUCUGGGGCUGGUAGUCCAAAGUCAGAGUGUUGCAGGGGCUGCUGGCCCUUCAGCGCUGGGAGCCCCGGGCAUCCUGGGUGCAUGGCUACAUCAUCCGGUCUCUGCCGACACGCUGGUGUCCUCCCUCUCUCCUCUCUCCUGCCUCUUACAAGGACACUUCACGUGGGGUUCAGGGCCCACCCCAGUCAUCCAGGCAGCUCUCAUCUCCAGACCCUUCAGAUCUGUGAAGUCCCUGUUUUCAACAGUUCCACUCAGGGUUAGGAUGUAGGCACACCUUUGGGGGGGGGCGGGGCACCAUUCAUCCCACUACAGAUGUCCCUGUCAAAAAGAGGGGUCCAGAUGGACCCCCCCAUCUCUGGCUUGUGGUUCCUCCCACAUCAUCACAGAGCCCAUUGUGUUGUCAGGGCCCAGAGCGGAACCCUGGGGGUCCCCCAGUCCCUGCAGCCACUGCCCGGGAGCCUGCGAGCAGGAAGGAUGCCCAUGCGACUGAGGAGCGCCCUUGUGCUCCAGCCGGUCCCCUCCCGGGCCUCGGGGGCUGCACGGGGAGCCCAGAGGGAAGCUGGAGGGAAGGCCAGGAGUGCUGAGAUGGGAGCUGAGUCCACACCUGUAAAGGCAUCCAUGGGAGAACGUGUCAGGGGACCCUUGAAGGAGCCUGUGAGGGGGAUUGUGGAGGGAACUGUGCAGAGACCCCGGAGGGGGCCUCUGAGGUGGACUUUGAGGAGCUUUCGGCGAGAAUCGGUAAAGAGAACCACAAGGAGGCCCUGGCAGAGAGCUGUGGGGGACACCAUGAAGAAGGAGGUGCGGGAGACGCGGCGGCGGCACGAGCGUCGCCUGGUGGAGGUGGACAGCAGCCGGCAGCAGGAGUAUGACUUCAAGAUGGCGCAGGCCCUGGAAGAGCUGCGUGGCCAGCACGACGAGCAAGUGCGGCUCUACAAGUUGGAACUGGAACAGACCUACCAGACCAAGUUGGACCACGCCAAGCUGAGCUCUGACCAGAACGACAAAGCGGCCAGUGCUGCCCGGGAGGAACUGAAGGAAGCCCACAUGCGGCUUGAGUCCCUUAGCUACCAGCUCUCUGGGCUCCAGAAGCAGGCCAGUGCCGCGGAGGACCGGAUCCGAGAGUUAGAGGAGGCCAUGGCUGGGGAGCGGGACAAAUUCCGAAAGAUGCUGGACGCCAAGGAGAGGGAGAUGACCGAGAUGCGGGACGUGAUGCAGCAGCAGCUGGCUGAGUACCAGGAGCUGCUGGACGUCAAGCUGGCCCUGGACAUGGAGAUCAAUGCGUACCGCAAGCUCCUGGAGGGCGAGGAGGAGAGGCUGAAACUGUCCCCCAGUCCCUCAUCUCGGGUGACCAUCUCUCGGGCCACUUCAAGCAGCAGCGGCAGCAGCGUGUCCACAGCUGGGCGCUCGGGCCGUGGCAAGCGAAAGCGGCUGGAGGCAGAGGAGCCCCCAGGCACGGGCUCCAGUGGCAUCGGCUCCGGCAGCAGCACCAGCACCAGCAGCAGCUUCCACCUGGCCCAGCAGGCCUCGGCGUCAGGCAGUGUCAGCAUCGAGGACAUCGACCUGGAGGGCAAGUUUGUGCAGCUCAAGAACAACUCAGACAAGGAUCAGUCCCUCGGUAACUGGAAGAUCAAGAGGCAGCUGGUGGAAGGGGAGGAGAUCGCCUACAAGUUCACGCCCAAGUAUGUGCUGCGGGCUGGCCAGACCGUCACGGUGUGGGCGGCUGGUGCAGGGGUGGCUCACAGCCCCCCCUCAACACUCGUGUGGAAGAGCCAGAACAGCUGGGGCAUGGGCGAGAGCUUCCGGACCAUCCUGGUCAAUGCCGAUGGGGAGGAAGUGGCCAUGAGAACCGUGAAGCAGACCGCCAUGGCUCGGGAGACGGAGAACGGGGAGGAGGGGGAAGAGGAGGAAGCUGAAUUCGGGGAGGAAGAUCUUUUCCAUCAACAGGGGGACCCCAGGACCACCUCUCGAGGCUGCCGCGUGAUGUGAAUGGAAUUUCCUCAUCACACGUCUUUACCCAGAGCCACUGAAAACUAUUUUUAUAUCA